AUGGCGCAAAAACAACGUACGAACCAAGCUAUAAGCUUGAAAGGUUCAACAGCCAUGGUGACUGAGUUCUUCGAAUAUAGCGUGAACAGUAUCCUCUACCAAAGAGGCGUGUAUCCUUCAGAUGACUUCCGGAUGGUGAAGAAAUAUGGGUUACCAAUGCUUGUCACUGCAGAUGAUAAUUUGAAAGAGUAUUUAAGCACCAUCUUAUCACAAGUUCAGGAAUGGCUCCUAUCAUCAUCCAUCAAUAGACUAGUGUUAGCUAUCAAGUCCAUCGAGACGGGCGAGACGCUUGAGCGCUGGCAAUUCGACAUACAUACAGAUGAAUCAGCAAUAAACAAUCCUUCUUUACCAGGUGGACCUAAACAACCUAAGAGAAAAGAGAAGACAGAGAAAGAAGUUCAAGGCGAAAUUAGAGAGAUAAUGAAACAGAUCACCAGUAGUGUUACUUUCUUACCUAUAUUGGAAGAAGAAUGCACUUUCACCCUCUUAGCGUACACAAACGACUCACCGGAUCUUCCCAUACCAGCAACGUGGGGAGACGCAGAUCCUCAUUUGAUAGAUAGAGGUAAGGUGGAACAAGUCAGAUUAAGAAGUUUCAGUACCAACGUACAUUCGUUAGAGGCAAUGGUAGCUUAUCGUGUUGAAGAAUGA